CAACUGGACAAUUGACUACUUUACAGGUAGGUGCUGCAUUUUCUAAGAUUUUAUAAAUAAAUCAUCAGUGAUUUCAUGUGUUGAUUUCAGGUAAAUUCUUCUUAAAGAAUAAAAACACAAUAUGAAAGAAAAUAAAAGCAUAAUUUAGUAGGAUGAGACAGACUCUGCUUUGUUUAAUCACAAGCUGAGACUGCAGACAAACAUCCCAGUGGAUGAAAUGAAGCAAAAUGUUGUCAAGUUAAAAGUGCUGGAAAAGAAAUUUAAGUGCAGAACAACUUUAUAGUAGAGACUCUUUUUUUUGGCUCUUUAAGCAGAAUGAAGAGCAAAAAAAACACCAGUUUCUCUGAUUUCUCUCAAUGUGGUUAAACAGAGGACACAUCACAAACUUAGAGGGCAGCUAAGGUCAUAAUUCUGCCUUCAUUUAGGUCCAUGUUUGCUCUGAAAGUUCUUGGCUGUUUACUUUAAAGCAAUUAAACUUCAUAACAUUUCAUUUAAAUUCUGAUGAUACUAAAACUCUGUCUCUUGAUUUCUCUGUAUGACAAAGUCUGAUUUUAUUUCUCAAAAUACGGGAUUGUUGUAUAUUCUGAUCCAGUCCUCAGUCUCUUCUGAUCAUGGCUGACUUUGAUACGGUUCUGAAGUUCUGGGGUCCAGUUGAGGCCGACUAUGCUGCCCAUGGGAACCUGGUUCUGACCCGGUCAGUGACUGAAAAGUUAAGGUUUCUCCUUAGAUUAGGUGAAGAAAGAGUUUCAGAUAGCUCAGCUUGGAUGGAUUUCUUUAUUAUGUGAAUAUAUAAAUGCUGUUGAAAAUUUAUUUAUAGUUAUUUAUCUUAUUGUUAUUCUUUUUAAAAGUUAUUUUUAUUUGCUGUAUUAUGGGGUUCAUUGCCUCAGUAUUAGCUGCAGUUGUGCUGUUGUUUUUAUCAUAAUCAUGUUUCCCUUUCCCCUCAGUUUAUUCACGGAGCACCCAGACACCCAAAAGCUGUUCCCAAAGUUUGUUGGCAUUGCUCAGGGUGACCUAGCUGGUAAUGCAGCUGUUUCUGCACACGGGGCCACCGUGCUGAAGAAACUUGGGGAGCUGUUGAGGGCCAAAGGCAACCAUGCUGAUAUCCUCAAACCCAUGGCCAACACCCACGCCAACAAGCACAAGAUCGCUCUCAAAAACUUCAAGGUGAGGGUGAUGGCCACAAGGACAUAUCCAGAUAAAUGUUUGUCCCCUUGAUUUAAUGUAAUAUCAGUCAUUGGUUUAAUUCAAUGACUAACUCUAUGAGUAAAUAUGCGCUGCAGACAUCACCCACCUAUCAGCCAUAGUGGCCACAAUGUUGAUUACAUAUAAAUUGGGCUUUGACAGAAUCUGGCUGUUUAUGAUUUUGGUGUUACAGAUGGGAAAAAAAAACCUCUUGAGUUAUACUAUAUUUAGUUUUGCAAAAAGUUUGGCACUUAACUACAGGAGGCAUUGGGGACUGACUCACUUUUAAAACCAGGACAAUAAUGCUUGAUCCGCCCUCACACAUUAGUGACUCUGAAAUCUUUUAUGAUGAGAAAUUGUAUCCUGUUAACUGUUUCUUCCUGUACUGUAUGUUGAGAGUGAUCGUUGUUGUUUUGGUGUUUUGUGUUCUCUUCAGCUGAUUGCAGAGGUCAUUGGGAAAGUCAUGGAGGAGAAGGCUGGACUGGAUGCCGCCGGUCAGCAGGCCCUGAGGAACGUGAUGGCUGUCGUCAUUGCUGAUAUUGAUGCCAACUACAAAGAGCUGGGCUUCGCUGGCUGAAGUUACAAGUCACAAGUGCUGGUCUUUGUUUUGAAAAUUGAAUUUAAUUAAGUAUAAAGACGUCACAGUAGAGACUUAGAAGAUAAUCAGCUUUUGUUAGGUGGGAUUGAUCCUGAUUUAUCCUUG